AUGUCCGUUAUAUUUUUCGCUCCAAUAGAUGGGGCCUACAUAAUAUCUAUAUAUGGAGACGUCUUUACAGAUAGCGAUUUCUUCACCAGGACUUUUCCUUGGAUAAUAGAUAAUAUUGGUGGAGAAAUAGCAGUAGAAUACUAUUUGCAAGGCAGCGGUAGAUAUUCCGUGCCUCAGAUGUGCGCUUUGAAUGAAAUGAAAAUGAAUACGUUUCUGCAGGCGCAGUAUUUGAAAUGCGAAGCCGAGGGUAACUCUAGUGAAAGCUGUCUCUGUGCCACUGGAAUAGACCCAAAGAAAUAUAAACACUGUGUGCUAACGAAAGGCAAUUAUGCCAGUUUAUCUUCAUCCAAAUAUAGUCAGCUAGGCAUCGAUGCGAGUCCUAUCGUAGAAAUUGGUUACAAAAACACUAUAUUUGAAGUUUCUGAUAGCUGGUAUUUAAAGAAAAUUUGCACUAUUUUUGGCGAUAACCUGCCUAGAGGUUGCGUUAAACCUUUCUCAUGUAAUAGUACUGAAGCUGUAAGUGAAAGACGCACUGGUCUAGCAGUUUUUGAAUGUCCUGAAUGCCAUAAUUUGAACGUGAAGUUAGAAGUGAAAAAUUCUGCAAAUAUGACACCUUCAGAUGAAGUUUAUAGUACUACUGGUACUACUCCUUCAAAAUAUCAAAGUUUUAAUACAGAAGCUAGUUACUACCAA